CUGACCGCCACCUGCACUGCUGCAGUAGCCUGGAUCUGCCGGGGCUUGACUCAAAUCAAUGUGGUGCGUGCGAUGGAGGCCAAGGCGGCAGCUGCUGCUGCGGUGGAUGCUGAUCAGCCUCGUCAUGCCGCUCAUCAACGCUCUCUUGCGGAUGCCAUCUCUGCUGCAAAGAGAGCACUCAGGUAAGAGGCACUCAUUGAUGUACCUCCAAGUUCCUCACUCUCUCUGUGUUGCGCAUGCAGUGCGCAAGGUGUCCAAAAGGCGGCAGACCGUCACGCAUUCAACGCAUCAUUGGAGUGGAGGCAGCUCCAUGGACAGGCGGAGGCACCACAUGCAUGCAGCCGUAUCAGCAGCAGCGGGUGGCCUCUUCUCUGCCGUCCUCCCAUCCCGUGCUGCUGCCGCUGCUACCACUCUGCGUGACCGACUGGACUCCGCUUCCCUCUUGGUGCCUUCCCUCUUCACGCUGGGUCCGGGGCAGCGUAUGUUGUAUGUGCCGGAGUGGCUGUUUGGGACAUUCACGACCACCAUGCGCUUCAUGGCAAGGUGAGGAUGAGAUGAGAUGGCACAUACGUGGGCAAAUGUGUGAUUCCUGUGUGUUGGAUGGAUGGGUGGGUGUGUGGAUGGGUACAGGGACUAUCCACUGGGCGAUGAGUAUGUGCCCGACUACCUAAGAAGGGCGGCCGUCGAGCAAAAAGGCGACAUACACACAUACAUGCAAAGGUGAGUGAGGUCCAUCCAUCCACACACACAGAGAGGCCACAUCCAUAUAUGUGACCCACAGGUUCUACGGCACCAUCCCCGACACGUUCGACAACAAACUGAAGACCACCCUCGGCCAGCUGCCCAAGAGCGCCAUCGUUCCCGAUCUCGCAUUCAACGUCAAGGCGGCGCAGGACUCUUUCUCCGGCUACAGUGCGGUCGAUAAUGUCGACUGGGACAUCCGGAACAACCCAGGCAGAUACACCAUCAACUUCGCAAGGGUGCGUGAUGGACGAAUGGCAGACAGACACACACUCCCCCCCGCUCUGUGUGUGUGUGUGUGUAGAUUGGCCCCGAUAUGCGGCCUUUACCGCCUCGCAGGAAGGAAGUGUUCAUCAACGGUAUCCGCACAUCAGACAUAUCAUCGGCACAAGACAGCAGCAAUGACGUCUUCGUCACAUCGGAGUUCACUCGCGUCGUCUCCCUCGGUGAGUGCGCCACACACCACAUGGGCGCCUUGUGUGCAUAAUCGUGUGAGUGCAGGUGUGCGUCUCGUCACAGCAACCGACGUCGAGACCCUCACAGAGUACGUUCACGAGAGGGAUGGGCGUGUGGUUGGGCGUCAGCGGCUGGCGGUGUACCUGACGCCAAACCCCAACAACAGAGAGGGCAGUCUGUUCUUCCAGACAGGCGGCAAGGCCGUGGCUUUGUACGACUAUGCCUUUGAGAUGGAGAGGACGGCUGACAGGUGUGUGGUGACGCCCAAGCAGGUGGUGCAGUGCAUUGCAGAAGAUAUAUAGCCACACACACAGACAGGCAGAUAUAUGGCGCGUGUAAAGAGGUGGAUACUGGGCUGAUGUGGCUGGAUGGGUGUCCGUGUGUGUUGGUGCGCUGACUGUAGAGUAGCGAGUGGCCCCGUGACACAUUGAGUGGGCGUCAUCACUCUUUGUGUCAGGUGGCCAUCGAGCAGCCGACAGGCGGCACACAACACACGCCAUGCAGCACAUAAAGGAAAGAAGAGGCAGCUGCUUGUUUCUUUAUUUCAUGGCACUUUCAGACCUCUCUAUCGCUCAGACCUCUCUGCCGCUGCGUGUGUGCCGACUCGUGUGCGCAUCGAUGGAUGUGUAAAUAAUCAUUUGCGC